AACCCUAGUGUAACGUAAGACUCAAACUUGUCGCCUAUAAAUCACAUGGUGACAAUUUUUUCGUUGUGGUUAAGGCAAACCCAAUAGAAUAAAAGUGUAAUAUCUCUAAUUAAACUGAUAAUUAGAUCUAAUUAAACCAAUUAACGGCACCUUUCGUGUAAUCGCCUUCACCCAUUACACACAAAAUUAAGAACAAUCUUUUACAUGUAACGAUGCAUCAUCAUUCUUUAAAUUCUCUAAUUCCCAUCGUGUUAAUUUUUUCUACAUCACUUUUUCUUGCAGGAUUAGUCAGAGCUGCCGUUGUUACACUUGAUUCCAUUGAAAUAUAUAAGACACAUGAAUUAUUCGGAUCCAAACCGAUAUUGUUUUUCCAGUGCAAAGGGGAAAACAAGACAAUUCUGCCUGAUGUGAAGAAAAAACAUGUGUUGUAUAUCUUCAAAGGUGAAGAGUCUUGGCAGCCUUUGACAGCGCUUACAUAUAAAAAAUGCAAACGAUGCGGGAUCUACGAGAAGGACUCAAUAAAGCCUGAUGAUACUUUCGAUGAGUGGGAGUUAUGUGCUUCUGAUUUUACUAGUCCUCAUGGGAAGUGUAGUCAUUACAUAAAGAAAGAGUUCAAAGCCACAUUUUUAUGUCCAGAUUGUGUCCACCGUCGCGAUGCUUCAAAUCACGCAUCUGGCUCAGAAAAAGGCGGACAGAGAAUGCACUGGGCAUUCCUGCUUCUCAUCUGUGCCUUGGUGUCGAUUGUUUUAGUUCUUGGAGCAGCUACUGCCUACAAAUUUUGGAAGAAAAAAAAGAGGCAGCAUGAGCAAGCUCGCUUCUUGAAGCUGUUUGAAGAGGACGAUGACAUAGAGGACGAAUUAGGCAUUGGGCCACUUAGUCAUGUUAUUUAGGAAACUAGUCAUUUUUCACUUCUCGACAUACGUGUAAAUGCUUGAUGUAGUUGUAUAGUAGAACUUUUUUGUAUCAAAUCAUAAUAUUGCAAGAGAAUGUAGCAGAUGUAGGUAACGCCACGAGCUUGGUAAGUUUUUUACUUUUCAGGGUAAAUUGCAGUAAUCAUACUGUAAGAUGACUCGAUUAAUACUCCUCCUGUACAGUACAAUCACACUUGCACGUUUUAUUUUUGAAGUGAUUUGUUGAA